GUCCUCCCGUUGCCUUCCCGGCGUGCGUGGCGGUUUCUCCUAGUUACUGAGAUGGCGGCGAUCGGAGUUCACAUUGGGGGCACGUGUAGCUGUGUGGCUAUUUAUAAGGAUGGUCGAGCUGAUGUUGUAGCAAAUGAUGCAGGUGACCGUGUUACCCCAGCAGUUGUUGCUUAUAGAGAAAAUGAGAAGAUUGUGGGCUUGGCAGCAAAGCAAGGUAGAAUCAGGAAUGCGUCCAACACUAUCGUGAAAGUGAAACAAAUUCUAGGCAGACGUUUUGAUGAUCCUCAAGUUCAGAAGCAUGUGACAGAAAGCAAAUGUUCUGUUAUUGAAAAGGAUGGUAAACCUAGAUAUGAGCUUGAUACUGGGGCAGAGCGUAUGAUUGUCCCCCCAGAAGAAGUAAUGAAGUUGAUAUUUGCGAAAAUGAAGGAAACUGCACAGUCAGCAUUGGGCUCUGAUGCAAAUGAUGUUGUCAUAACUGUCCCACUAGACUUUGGGAAGAACCAAAAAAAUAUUUUAAGACAGGCAGCCCAGGCAGCUGGUUUCAAUGUCUUGCGAUUGAUUCAUGAACCUGCAGCAGCUCUUCUUGCAUUUGGAGUCGGACAGGAGUCACCUACUGAGAAAAGUAAUGCACUGGUUUACAAACUUGGUGGAUCAUCACUAUCUGUUACAAUAGUAGAGAUAAAUAGUGGCAUGUACAGAGUCCUUGCCUCUCAUACUGAUGACAGCAUAGGAGGAGAGUGUUUCACAAAAGCCUUGGCACUGUAUUUAGCUUCAGAAUUCCAGAGAUUGUUUAAGCACGAUGUCAGGAGCAAUAUGAGAGCCAUGAUGAAGCUCAUUAACAAUGCUGAAGUUGCUAAGCAUACAUUGUCAACUUUGGGAAGUUCCAAUUGUUUUUUGGAUUCACUUCAUGAAGGCUUAGAUUUCGACUGCAGUGUAUCCAGAGCAAGAUUUGAAUCUGUAUGUUCUGCGUUGUUCACUCAAAGUGUUCAACCUAUUCAGAAGCUUGUAGAAAAAGCUGGACUUUCUGGAAAUGAAAUAUCUAAGGUUGUUCUUUGUGGGGGCUCUGCUCGUAUUCCAAAAUUGCAGCAAAUGAUUCGAGAUCUGUUCCCAGAUGUAGAUCUGUUCAGUUCCAUCCCCUCAGACGAAGUGAUAGCUGUUGGUGCAGCUAUUGAGGCUGCAUUGCUACUAGGGAAGGAGAACAGUUCAUUGGAAGAGGAAUCUGUAAUUGUGGAGUGCUCUGCACGGAACAUUGUUGCUAAGGAGAGUGAUGAGUCUGGAUCUGACACAUACAAGGUGGUAUUUCCAUCAGGUACUCCAUUACCAGCAAGAAAACAUCAUGCUUUUCAGGCACCGGGAAAUGUUUCUUCUGUCUGCCUUGAACUGUACGAGUCUGGGGAGAAAGGAUGUGAUCCAGAAAGAAACAAAUUAGCACAGAUUGUACUGAAAGAUUUACAACUGAAGGAAGAUGGCAACCGUGACAUUCUAACAGUUCUCACCAUGAAAAGGUGUGUGUUUGAAAGUUUAUUUUGGGAGAAUUUGAGAGGGUUGUGUAGGAUAUUUUAACUAGUUUUUCUUUCGGUUCUA